CCAGGCUAUAAAGAGAUGGCGAAGAGGAGCGCAGAGCCUCUAAGCGAUCAGGCUGCAGACAACAUGAAUCUCCUGCUCCUGGUGUUGGCGUCAGUGGCCACAGCCAACAUAGUUGUUCCCCGGAACUUAUGGCAGUUUCGGAACAUGAUCAAAUGCACUAUUCCGGGCAGUGACCCCUUGAAGGAUUAUAACAACUAUGGCUGUUACUGUGGUUUGGGGGGCAGUGGAACCCCCGUGGAUGACCUGGACAAGUGCUGCCAGGUCCACGACAACUGCUACUCUGCAGCCAAGAAGCACCCGCACUGCAAGUUCCUCCUGGACAAUCCCUACACCAAGACCUACGCCUACAGCUGCUCUGGCACCUCCAUCACCUGCAGCGAGAAGAAUAAUGAGUGCGAGGCAUUUAUUUGCGAGUGUGAUCGCAACGCAGCUAUCUGCUUUUCAGGAGCUUCAUAUGACCCAACCAAGAAGAACCUAGACACAAGCAAACACUGCUAGUGAAACCUGUUGGCCCACUCCUGAAGGGCUGACACACCUGAGUGCCCCUGGAUUCUCUGGGGAAAGGAGGGUGAUAGUUGACCAGACAGGAGUAUUCU